UCCUCUGCAUGUGUCAGCUGGAAUUUUUCGGAUGAUUCUGCCAAACCUGUCGAGUUUUUUUUUUUGUUGCGAUAUUGUGAUUUACUGGACCCCCUUUCUCUUCUUUCCGGAUGAGAUAAUUAAUCCAUUCAAAGUGUUUUUUUAAACUGCAGACUGUGACAGUGAAAAUGGUAAAGAAAAAGGGGAAGGACAAUAGCUCCAGAGAAGAAGAUGAAAUUGACUUGGCAGGUCCAUCCUGCAGGCACAUAAAAAAGGGAACGGACCAAACUCUUUUAAAAAAACUCUCAGGGAAUUCCAAUUGGACGAGUUGUCAGCAUUGUAAGCAUGAAGAAAAUAAAGAAAAUAUCAGCACCCCGGUGGCACAAAACUCUGAAGAGGAACAGGAAACAAUACCCAUAUGGAUGUGCUUAAAAUGUGGCCAUAUAGGAUGUGGACAAAACUCUACGAACCGGCAUGCCAUCAAACAUUAUGAGACUCCGCGGUCGGAGCCACAUUGCCUGGUAAUCAGUUUGGACAACUGGAGUGUCUGGUGUUACAUUUGUGACGACGAAGUCCAUUACUCUAGAACCGGACAUUUGGCUCAGCUGGUGACCAACAUACAAAAGCAAACUUCUGUAGAUCCCAUCAAGAGACCACAGAGCAGAGUAAAGGAAGGCGACAGUUUGCUGGACGUUGAUCAGAAGACGGGGACUGUAAAGGCAGAGGAGAGCGAGGACAACGAAAACAAGGGCCAUCAAAAGAAAACCGUCAAGAAAGAGAGCGUUGCGAUAUCAAAAAAGUCUGACUGUCCUGAAGACGGUGGAGGUGUUUCUGUAAAGGGGCUGAGCAACCUGGGAAACACGUGUUUCUUUAACGCGGUCAUUCAGAAUCUUUCUCAAACACACAUCUUAAGACAGACUCUCAACAAAGUGACAGAAGAGAAUAUUAGUCUUCACAUCAAGCCUGUUUCCUCCUCUGAUCUGGCGCCUAUUUUAACGCAGUUAGGCCAGCCUGGAUCCCUGACUUUGGCCAUGUGUCAGCUACUCAAUGAGAUUCAGCAAUCAAAGAAGGGUGUGGUGACGCCGAGGGAGUUGUUCACGCAAGUUUGUAAAAAGGCUGCCAGGUUCAAAGGAUUUCAGCAGCAAGAUAGUCAGGAGCUGCUGCGCUACCUUCUGGAUGGGAUGCGAGCUGAGGAGAGCAGAAGAGUAAGCUCUGGGAUCAGCGACGCAUUGAAAGAAUCUAGAAAAGGCACAGAUGGAGAUCAGCUCAAAACACUAGUUAAAGAAUACGAAAAAAAUGGAUGUCCCAAAAACUUUGUCGACCAAGUUUUUGGUGGGGAAAUGACCAGCACUAUAAUGUGUCAGCAGUGUAAAACGGUGUCUGUAGUCACAGAGAUGUUUUUGGACCUUUCCCUUCCUGUUUCUGAUGAGGCAUACAGGAAGAAGAACCUGAAGAAAGCGGUUCAGAGCACCAGUGAGUCGAGCCAGGAUGAGAGAAACAGCCCUGCUUUGACAAACGGGAAUGACGACGACCUCUCCGGCUCCGGCAGCAAGUACCAGCAGAAGAAAGCAAAGAAACAGGCAAAGAAGCAGGCAAAGCAUCAAAAGAGGCAGCAAAAGAUUGAGGACAGAGUCACUUUGGACAAUCUCUCCUCUGCGAGCCAGACGGAGAGUGAACAGACCAACGCUGCUGCAGAUGCAAAGGACGGGGAAAAUGCUGACAAUGCAACGGAUGAAGAAGCCUCACUCAGCGAGGGCAGUCCUGCACAAAUCAGUGCUUCUGAACAGGACCAGCAGAACCUAAAUCCCGUCGAGGAUAAGGAAAAAGAGGAAGACGUGGAUUCAGUUAUCGAUUGCGACCCGUCGGUCAGCAACCGUUUUACGGUCCUGUCGGACGAGCAGCCCUCAAAGGACGUUGUUUCAGACGCUGACAAAAUAUCUGAAAUGGAUCUGGAAAGAGAUGAAGAUGGCACGCAGCUGGUGAGUGAAAUGGAGAAAGUAGCCCUGGAUGACGCCGACUUGGAAGAAUCGAAUGCUGUGGAUGCAACAAUGGAGAGUGAAGUUGAGCCGCUGGAGGAGAAGGAGUACACCGUAGUAAGUCAGGACCCGGAGCUUGCCUUCUGCACACUGGCUACCAGAACGGCCCCUGAGAAACAGGAGUGUUCAGUCCAGUCGUGCCUUUUUCACUUCACUGAAGUGGAAACACUCACGCAGAACAACAGCCUGCUGUGUGUCACCUGCACUAAAGUGCAGUCAAACAAGGAAAAGGUCGGAGGAUCCAAGAAGAAUGUCUACACUGAUGCCUUGAAGCAAAUGCUGAUCUCUUCGCCCCCACCUGUGCUUACCCUUCAUUUGAAAAGGUUUCAACAGAAUGGAUACAGUAUUUGCAAGGUGAACAGACAUGUCAGUUUCCCCCUGAUACUGGAUCUCGCUCCCUUCUGUGUGGUUAAAUGCGAGAACUUGACCGAGGUAGAUUCUCAGGUUUUGUACAGUUUGUACGGCAUCGUAGAGCACAGCGGAACAAUGAGGUCCGGUCAUUACACAGCAUAUGUGAAAGCACGAUCUGAGUGCCAUAAGCCUUCAUCCAACGGCUUCAUAGCUGAAGGACGUGAAGCGCCACCCAGAGGAUCCUGGUUCCAUGUCAGUGACACAAGCGUUCAACCUGUGAGCGAGAGUAAAGUCCAGGGUUGCCAAGCCUACCUCCUCUUCUACGAAAGAAUCCUCUGAUCGGACUGUGCAUCACUACUCAGGAAAUCCGACAAACCGGUGUGCUGCGUCUGCUCCACAGUGUACGGGAUCAUCAGUUAACCAACCAGAUUCGUCAGCCCUUACAAUGGGGCUCGCACAAAGUUAAAAUCAUAGGGGUUUCACAAAGUGUGUCCGGUAUCAAACGGCACCAGCUGUAUGUUCACUCACCAAAUAUUGCAAGGUCGGCGAAGACCCUGGACAUUGAACGGGUUGUGGUGGUCGAUUUUGUUUGCAUUACAAAAAUCAAAAAUUUCUGGAGACCAAUUAAAUGUUGUGGGAGAACCCAAUUUGUAAAA